AUGCUGCGCAAGAAGGAGGUCUACACGACCAUCACCCCCAUCCCGGGCUUCAUCCCCCGCCAGCUCGCCAUCGACAUCCUCCACUCCCACUCCGAGGUCAUCACCCUCAACCCCCUCGUCCUCGACCACAAGCCUAUCAAGGCCCCCCGCGACGCCGCCGCCGACGAGUAUUACUCCACCUGGUAUGAGAUCACCGAGCGCGUUCAGUUCAUCCCCGGCAUCGGCAAGAUGGGCUCCGGCAAGAUCUCCUUCAACGGCUGCUUCCACGACAUGCCCUGGGGCCUGCAAACGCACACCUACGCCCCCAUGAACAUCGACAUCCGCAUCAAGUACCGCAUCGACGGCAACCAGCCCGGCGUCGAGCCCCCGCACCAGCCCGAGAUUGGCAUGGCCGGCCUCGGCGUCCCCGUCGACGGCCUCUAUCUGCGUGAAGAUAUCGAGAUCCGCUGCAACGUCACCAUGACCAGCUUCGUGCGCACCCAGCUCAAGGCCGCCAGCAAGGAGAUGGUCUCGCGCAUCAUCAAGAAGGCCGAGCUGCUCGACGCCGGCGUGCUGCAGGCCAUGAUCGAGGACGGCAAGCUCAAGACGAUCAACCCCGCCGACAGGACGAGCACCGGCAUCAGCGGCGCGCGAUCCCCGACCUUCCCGCCCCAGCGCCCCAACGGCAGCCCCCGCCCCGAGUCCGUCUCCUCCCCGCGCUACCAGGUGCCCCGCCCCGUCUCCAUGGCCAGCAUGGGCCGCCCCGGCUCGCAAGGCAACUACGCGCCGCAGUACCAGCAACAACACCAACAACCAAUGGAGCUCCCCAGCUCGCCGCAAAACCAGCAACACACCGCGCCCGGGCACACCUCCUUCAUUGCCGAGCUGCCAGGCAACUUCUACCACCCGGCCGAGAACAAGACGCUCUACCCGCCGUCGCCGCAGCCGCAGGGCUCCGGCUCCCCGCCGCAGUACGAUCGUAAUUCCAUGUCGCAGCAAAGCUCGCAGCUCUCGCCAGACCCGAACUCGUGGCGCUGGUCGCAGGGCCAGCCGAGCCCGAGCCAGCAGAGCAGCCGCCCGACGAGCAUGAGUUCCGACGGCAGCGGGGGCUACGCGAGCCCUGGGCUCGACUACAAGGGCUUCUCGUCGGAGCUGGCCACGCACGCGGAGACGCAAGAGGAGCAUCAUCGGGAUCCGGUCAAGGUGGCGGACGCGUCGCAGCACAGGGUCAAGGGCCCGACGGCGUAUCAGGCGUAUCAGUAUAAUCCUGCAGACUACGCGCAGGCGGGGCGAUGA